UUAGGGUUUUUGAAUCCGAAACACUCUCUCUCUAAUUUUCCCCUCCUCCGGUUCCUGACCUCGUCAGCAACCGUGCUUUGCCUCCUCUCCGGCGAUCCUUCUCCACUUCAUAUCAGCUUCGCCUACAAAAAGCGUUAUAGGUUCUGUUAGACCUCCUCGCUCGCAGACGACCACAUGACGGCAGGGAACAGUCGGAGAAUGGAAGCCACCAGCGAUGAGGUGUUGCAGAUCGGUCUUAACCCCAGAUCCUUGAACUAUUGACUUCAAACUAGACAGCUUGAAGAGGCAACGAUUUUAUUUUGUGAGCACAUCUUUCAAAUUCGCAUCUUUCCCCACUCAAAUCAACAUGGUUCAAUUUAAAAAUCGAUAUAUGGUGUUUGAAGUGAUGAUUGAUUCCAAAGAUUCGAGUGGUAAGGAUCCAAUUAUUAUUACGGAAGGUAAUCUUUCAAAAGUGAUCAAAGAUAGUAUUCUAUUGAACUUUGGAGAAUGCGGUCUUGCUAUGUCACUAGGAUCCUUCCAAGUUAAAUAUGUGAAUCCUAUAUCGAAGCUAUGCAUCAUCAGAGUCACCCGUGAUGAUCACCAGAAAGUGUGGUCUGCUAUUACAAUGGUUAGGAGUAUCGGAAACUGCUCUGUAACUCUCAACUUGCUUGAUUUGAGUGGAAGCAUUAAAGCCUGUAAGCGUUCUGCUUUGAAGUGUGAUGAAGCAAAAUUUGAGCAAUACAAACUUGAAGUUGGUGGCUUCGUUCCCCCAGAAACCUGUAGUUUGGUGGAAAAAUGCUUUCAGAAGAUCAAGUUUUUGGAGAGCUGAAGAAGAAAGGGCUCGGAAAGUGUAACACGUUUAGAAGGUCAUCUUUUGCUAUUCACGACUGCAGAUGGGGAACGAAACAUCUUGCUUGUGGUUUCUUAUCUUUCAUUCUGUGAAGGGUUAAUUGCAGAAUUUACCUGCUUUACUAUCACCUGACUGCAGAUAGACCCCUGCUGUUUUGUUAGUGCGCAUAGAUCCUCUUUACUAUUUGCCAAGUGGGGAUAGAUCCCUAAGGCGAUUUUAUUUAUUUACUGUUGGAAGAGUUGAAAAAGUCCCUGUGCUCUAUCAACAUCAACGAAGGUACAUAGGUUCAUCUGCAAUUGAGCGAUAGUACAAGGGGUCUGUAUGCAAUUAACUAUUAUUUAACUUGCAUUCUGGAGAUAUUAUACGGGCGAAAAGCUACAACUCAAACUGUAUUAAAGGUACUUGUUCCAUAAGCAUGUCGGAUUGACCAAACAAAAUUGGUCUGACACCUGCUUAUAAGCCUUGUGAUAAUAGACUAUUGUAGAGACACUACUAGUUGGUGGGUGCAAAUGUUGAGGUGCUUUUAAGUGUUUUUAUCUUG